CAAGAACCUGUCCAGAUUCAAGAUAAAACUUCAACCACUCAUAUUAUAAAACCUACCAUUUUUCUAUUAGCUUUCUUGCAAAAACAGAAAACAAAAUACCAUUGAGCAGCUUAGCUUCCAAAUCAAAUUCACCAUCCAUGGGAGAGGUUGAUCCAGCUUUCAUCCAAGACCCUGAGCACAGGCCCAAACUCUCCGUCACCGAAACUGAAGGCAUACCAUUGAUUGACCUGUCCCCCCUAAACUCCUCAGACAACAUUUCUGACCCUAAAGCCAUUGAAGGGGUUGUCAGAGAAAUAGGCAAUGCAUGCAAAGAGUGGGGGUUCUUCCAAGUGAUCAACCAUGGGGUGCUAUUGGAUAAGCACAAAAAGAUCGAGGCUGCUGCUAGGAAAUUUUUUGCUCAGCCUUUGGAGGAGAAGAGGAAGAUCACGAGGGAUGAAAAAAGUAUGUUUGGUUACUAUGACACUGAGCACACCAAGAAUGUAAGAGACUGGAAGGAGUUGUUUGAUUUCGCAGUGGAGGAGCCAAUGUUAAUGCCAGCUUCCCUUGAUCCUGAGGACAAGGAAGAGACAAAGUGGACAAACAAGUGGCCUGAGUAUCCUCCAGAACUAAGGGUGGCGUGUGAAGAGUAUACUGAAGAAGUAGAAAAGCUAGCUCUAAAGUUGAUGGGACUUAUAGCCUUGAGCCUAGGCUUGCCAGUAGACAGGUUCAACAGCUACUUCAAAGAUCAAACAAGUUUUAUCAGACUCAACUACUAUCCACCUUGCCCUUCCCCUCAGUUAGCUCUCGGUGUUGGGCGCCACAAGGAUAGCGGUGCUUUAACUGUGCUUGCUCAGGAUGAGGUCGGAGGAUUGGAAGUGAAGAGGAAGAGAGAUGGAGAGUGGAUUCAGGUUAAACCUACCCCAAAUGCCUAUAUCAUCAAUGUUGGUGACAUUAUUCAGGUUCCACUCUUCAAACUUCAUACUAAGUACUUGUGUGCAGUUUAUUUUUCAAAAACUCGUUAG